AUGGCGUCUUUACUAGGCGUUAGCUAUGACUCCAGCGAUGAUGACGCCGGGGUGCCCAAGCACCAGAUCGCUACCGCAACCACAGUAGUUGCGGCCCCAGAAGUCAAUACAGAGGACCACGCGCAUAUGCAGAUGACCCUCACCAAUACCUCCUCCCAGGCCCUGACCUACAACGCCACCUACGAUGAUUUGAUGCGCCCGUCUCAAGGGCCUGUGAAUCCUUUCAAGCCCGCCGGUCCAGGAAAUGGAGUCAAAAGGAAGAACGUUCCGACUGGUUUCGCCGAGGAGGCUGCCAUUAGCGAGUCGACGUUUGCUGCGCAGCACCGCACGUUCCAAAGCUUGGGCUACACACGCAACCCGACCAAGCCAGAUGAGUUCGUCGGAGAUAUUGAGAAGGCCGCGCAAUUCGGUGGCCGUGAUGUUGUGCAAAUGAAACCUUCCAAGGAGGCGUCUGCAGCGUGGCGACAGAAGAGACAGAAGAAGGGUGACUCAAGCAUUGUCGAAGGAGAUGGCGCGUACCUUGGACCUUGGGCGAAAUACACGAACACACAACAGUAUGAUGAAAUCGAGGUCGGCGAUGAUGAGGAUCGCCAGCUGGCGAGUGAUGAGGAGUGGGUUGAGGAAGACGAAACCCUGGCCCCAGCCGCGCCCAUGCCAGCCAUGAGCAAAGAGGCUACCGAAUACCAGGGCGAUACCUCCAAGAAUGAGACGACUGAGUUCCACGGCUCCGAGCAAUUCGACUACAUGGGCCGGACAUACAUGCAUGUGCCGCAGGACUUGGACAUCGACCUGCAUAAGGAACCUGGCAGUGUCAAGAAUUACGUGCCAAAGAAACUCAUUCAUACGUGGAAGUCUCACACCAAGGCCAUCACCUCUCUUCGUUUCUUCCCUGGAUCCGGUCACUUGCUGCUCUCAUCAGCUGCCGAUGGCAAGGCCAAGAUCUGGGACGCAUAUCAUUCCCGCGAGCUGUUGCGGACUUUCUCCGGCCACUCCAAGGCUAUCACAGACACAGACUUCGAUCCUUCGGGGAAGACUUUCCUUACCGGCUCGUUCGAUCGCCAGAUCAAGCUUUGGGACACCGAGUACGGUAAAUGCUUGGGACGGUUCUCGACCGGCAAGACCCCCCAUGUCGUGCGGUUCAAUCCCAGUCCUGAGCACUCUCACGAGUUCCUUGCUGGCAUGUCCGACAAGAAGAUCGUCCAGUUCGAUACACGAACCAGCGAAGUCGUCCAAGAAUACGACCACCACUUGGCAGCCGUCAACACCAUUACCUUCGUCGACGACAAUCGCCGCUUCAUCACAACCUCCGACGACAAGUCCCUACGUGCGUGGGAGUACGGCAUUCCGGUACCGAUCAAGUUUAUUGCUGAGCCCUACAUGUUUGCCCUUACCCGCGCCACGCCUCAUCCCAACGGCAAAUACGUAGCGUUCCAGUCCGGCGACAAUCAGAUUGUCGUCUACGGAGCUACCGACAAGUUCCGCCAGAAUCGUAAGAAAAGCUUCCGGGGACACAACGUUGCCGGAUACGGUAUUGACAUUAAGAUCUCACCCGACGGUCAAUUCAUCGCGUCUGGUGACAGCGGUGGUUACGCUUGCUUCUGGGAUUGGAAGACGGGUAAAAUGUACCAUAAGCUUCCCGCGGCCGGCAAAGAUGGUGGCGCCGUUACCUGCCUGGAUUGGCAUCCCCAGGAAACUAGCAAAGUGGUCACUGGUGCGUUGGACGGACUUAUUAAGUAUUGGGAUUAG